GGCUUAGAUACUUCCUUAUUAUGUUCUAGAAUCCAUUUCCUCUCCUGCGCUUUAAUAUACUGUUGUUGUUUACACUACUAGCAACGGUAGGAGUUCAAACGAACAGAAGGAUAAAUUUAUAAGAAACAUUUCUCGUUGUCUUGUUAGAAUGAAAUUUAUAACAUAUAUUGAAGUCGUUCAUAGACAAAAUAUUACUACCGAUAUAUAAGAAUGAAAUGCUAUAAUUUAUGAGAAUUUGUUAUGUUUGUGUGAAUUUGUACAAAAUCGUGGAUUCGUUUGUAUAGUAAAGAAAGCAGACAAAGUAAUAAAUAUAAUCUUUGUUAAUAUGAAUUUUUCGGAUUCUGGAUUUCAAGAAGUCUGCAAAAAGACAGAACUGUCUAGUAAUAAAAAUAAUAUAUCGAUACAAGAUGCUGAUGAGAAUAUUGAAAAAGAAGUGGAAACUAGUAUGGAGUUAUCAGAUAUGAUUGAAUUUUCAAGUGAUUCAGGUGACGAAGACGGUACAUACUACAUGACUACUGUUUGGGAUAUUUCGGAUAUUGAAACUCGUUCACCUUCUGUGAUAACUUCUUCACCACCGUACAACGGAGAAGUUUCUGGUAUGGUAUCUGAUAAUAUAGAGAUAUUAGAGGAAAAUAAUAAUGAUCCAAACAAUAAUUUAGACUUUAAUGAAAUUCCUCAAGAAUCGAAUGGUAGUAGAAAUAUCGAUGAGAUAUCCAAGGAUCGAACGGAUUAUUCGAGAGAAUUAAGAAGUCCUAUUCCAGGUUGUAGUAAAGAUAUAAAUAAUAUGGACAAUUCUACAGAAAAUAGCAUUUAUCAUAAGCUACAUAAAGAUGCUACAUUAAUAUCAACACUUUUGCCAGACAUAGAGUUUGGAUUGAUAUUGGAAACGCUUAAAAAGAAUCAAUAUGCAAAAAAUUAUUGCGAACUUGCGUUAUGGGAUUUAUUACCAGAUAAGAGACCAAUGCCACAAGUAUCGUCGAAAAGAAAACUAACGGAUGAUAUAUGUGAAAUUGAACAAAAAAGAUGUAUGUCUAAGGAACUUGACAUUGUACCUAAUGAAGUGCAAACUAAUAUAGAAAUGACUAAAGCAUUGUGUGCUGUAUCAUCGAAAGAAAAAGAAAAUUUUAAUAUUAAAGAAUCUAUUAAUUCUAAGGUAGAGGAAAAAAAAUUAAAUGAUGCUGAAAGUAAGUCAAUUUCUUCAAUUAGUCAUAGUUCGAUAAUACGCCCAGCAAAGUUAAUAGUUCCUAAAUGUGUACCUCCAUUGCAAUCACUAUUUAUACCAAGUACUAAUAAUGUGGUCUUAGCUCCUGCUAAAUUAACGUACGUUAGUAAAUAUGAAAUGAAAGUUACGAGCAAUGAUAAAUCUUUAUCCCCUGUAAAGAACUUAAUACCGACACAAUCUACAAGUAAAAUAAAUGAAAAUAUAUCUCGCACAAAUAUUUUUCCUGAUAUAAAGGAAACGCAAAAUUGUUUGUUAGCUGAAAGUGAAACAUGUUUAAAGUCUUUCAAAAAUACUAAUGAAGUUAAUGCAGAUAAUUCUUCAGAUCAAGUUACAUCUUCUGUUAUUUUUCCUAUCAUAAAAGACACGGUUACAAGCGAAGACAACAAAGUAUUAAUAUCCAGUCCUGAUAUUUCUAAACGAUCUACAGAGUUUGUGCCUUCUUCAAACAAUGAUUUGAAUGUACCAAGUACUAGUGGAAUAACAAUAUCAAAGCGUGCUGACAUUGCUAUGUCAACAUUAAAUAAAUUUAAAGAAAAAUCAUUAAAUAUCUUAACAGCAGCUAAUAUAACAGCUGAAACAUCAAAUUUAGAACUAACGGAAAUGGAGAAACCAAGUUUCUGUGAAUCUUCUUCAGUAACAGAAAUACAAAAUAUAAAAGACUCAAAGCUUUCUCCUGAAAUGACAAGAAUUUAUUAUAAACUUUUAUCUAUAUUUCCUGGAGUGAAUUCUGAUUACAUUAAAUCGAUAUGCACGUUCAAUGAUUCUCAAGAAACAGAUGAAUCCAUAUUGCUACACGAACUGAUUGAACAUUUACUUGUAUCGGGAGAUAAGUAUCCGCAUGUAAAUUUAGAAUCAGAAACAAGUGAAGCGAUAUGUGAUGUAAAUGAACAAUAUGAAAAUAUGUUAGGAAUAUUUCCAGAUGCAGAUCCGAUUUAUUUAAGAGAUAUCGUGACAAAUAUACACAACAAACCAGAGGAAUUGAAAGCAUUUGUACAAUCUAAACUUGAAACUCGUGAUUAUCCAACACGAGAACAAUAUUUAGCAAAAAGAAAAAUAACUGAGCAGCAAAAACAAUAUACUACUGACUUUAGAAUAGACAAAUUUUUGGAAAUAUAUCCAUGUCCAUUUACUCAUUUUGAAGAUCCAAGAAGACAAUGUUCAUUUAAUUUAAUUGCAUUUGAGUUUCUCAAGUAUUAUUAUAACAAAUUAAAGACCAGUACUAUCUUGCUUGUAUAUGGACAUAACAAACACCAUUUAACUUUAACAGCAAAGGAAUUGGAUAAAAUUAAACCUGAGAUGAAAACAAAACGUAAAAGUCUGUACUUACCACCAAAAGAUAUUCCUCUUUUACAGGAAUUCACAUUUAUACAACAUAGAUCAGAGAUACUAGCAUAUUUAGAAAAAUUACAGCAGGAAGAAACUAUCGAAUUUCAGAGACUCAAAAAAAGUAACGGUCUUCUUGAAUGCCAAUGCUGUUUCGACGACGAAUGUAUGCCAUCUAAAUGUUCCAGUUGUGAUAAUGGUCAUAUAUUUUGUAAUACCUGUAUCAUAAAAGGUGCUGAACUGAAAUUAGCAGAAAGUGAAACACAUAUCCAUUGCUUUGUAAACUGUACAAGUGAGUUUAGUCUAUCAACACUUCAAAAGGUACUUUCUCCAACAACUUUUAGUAUAUUACUUCGAAAAAGACAAGAAGCAGAAGUAAUGGCAGCCGGAUUAGAAGGUUUGAUAUCUUGUCCAUUUUGUCAUUUCGCAUCUAUACCGCCUCCGGAAGAUAAAGUUUUUAAAUGCUUUAAUCCCGAUUGCAUGAAAGAAUCUUGUAGAUUAUGUAAACAAUUAAAUCAUGUACCAUUAAAUUGUGAUGAAGUUGAUUCUGAAAAAGCACAUCAUUAUUUAGAAGAAAAAAUGACAGAGGCCCUUAUACAUAAAUGUUACAAAUGUAGCCGGCCUUUCUUUAAAGAAGAAGGGUGCAAUAAAAUGGUUUGUGUUUGUGGUGCUGAAAUGUGUUAUAUUUGUGAUAAACCAGUCAAUGGUUACAAACAUUUCCGUGGUCAAGGUUCCACGCAAACAGAUCUAUGUCCGUUAUGGAGUGACAAUCACGUAAUAAAUGCAAAAGCCGUUUUACAAAUAGCACAAGAAACUGAAAGAGAAAUAAGACAAAAAAAUCCUAACAUCAAAUUAGUUACAAAUGGUUUGUUACCAAAAAUACCACAUAGGAGAAAAGGUCCUCACGAUGACAUUCCGAAUUCUGAUGUUGUACCUAAACGUGCACAUAGAAUCGCAAUUGCAAGAAUGAUUCCAGAGAAUUUAUACGAUUGAGAUUUUCAAAAAUUAUUGUAUGUAUAUUAUUUUAUAUUUUAUACUUAUAUAUGUACUUUUGGUACAACCAAAGAUCCUUUAAUCAUAAAUGAUAUACUUUUCAACGAUAGAAAUUGAUGAACUUAUAUAUUGUUAAAUAUGUGUAUAAAAAACAAACAAGCAUAUAAUAUUCUUUA